CUUUCAUCAACUUCACGACCGUUGACCCGAUGCAUAAAAUUGCAGUCAAUUGAUGGUCAAUGCAUAUUUGAACCGCAGUUUCCGCGAAUCCUCCUCUCAUGCUGACACGGGGGUCGGCAAGCCGCAAAGAUGCCGGAUAAUGUGUCCAUGUCGGCCCAGUCGAACCCCACGUCCCGUUCCGUUUUCCCACAAGGGCCCAACUUCACUUUAGAUGACUUCUCGGGUCGCGACUUCAUUGUCAAAGAAUUCAUCGAAACGCUCUCAGAUACUGCCAUUUCCACCCAGCGGUCUACACUUGGACCCGCAGGUGGAAGCCAACCCUUCGACCCCAAGCCCCUCAUUCGGACCUUCGAGAAUGCACAGCGACGACUUGGCGAGCUUUCCGGUGACCUGGAGAUCCGAGAAAAUGAAUUAUCUGCGGCCGUACGCCGGGCGGAGGCGCAACACUCCCAGAACCUCAGUACCCUUGGCAAAAAGCUGAACCAGACCAUUGAGUCCUUUCAGCAGCUGGAUACGUCACUCAAUGGAUCGGGAUUCUCUUCGAGUGAACUUGGUGGUACAACUGGUAGUAUGGCCGUUGAAACAGGUCGUCGGUUGGAGGAGUUGGACCGACAGAGACGCAGAGCCCUUGAUGCUCAUUACUUGCUUGAAUGCUGGGAUGGAGUCUGCAACAGGGGCGAGAUCACCCUCCUGGAGAAUUUGCGGAGAUCUGGAACAGGCGAAGCCAAGGUGCGCUCCGCACAGAUCGCACGGCAGUUGCUCAGAAUCAGCCAAAGACUUGAUCCGAAGAGCUGGAACGAGUCCAGCGGAAAAUCCGAUGCACGGUCCGGGGGUGGGAGCGCUCCUGUGGAGGAGAACACUGAAACGGAUGGACCGGUUCAACGAAAUACACGAGAAAUCAUCGAGAAGUUCUCGGAAACAUUGGAAAAAGACCUCCUGAAACAGUUCGACGAGUUUUACCGCAAGGCGAACUUUGAAGGCAUGAAGGACUGUGCGACCGUGCUCCAGGACUUCAAUGGGGGCGCCAGUGUGAUCGCCCUGUUCGUCAAUCAGCAUCAGUUCUUCAUUGAUCGGAGCCAACUAGUAACCGAAGAAGUGGGCGGUGAUCCAGAAGCCUGGGAAAAGCUGGCAGACCCUGAUGCUGACCUCCUGAAAGUGGAGCCUAGCCUCCAGUCGUUGGUUGACGAAGUUAAAGUCGUGGUGCAGGAGGAGUCAGCGAUCAUAAAACGAGCGUUUCCCUUCUAUGAACAAGUACUCGGGAAGUUUUUACAGCGCGUAUUCCAGCAAUCCAUCCAGCAGCGACUUGAAAUGGUUCUGGAAAAGGCGAAUAGUGUUUCGUCUUUGGCCUUUUUACGAUCGCUACAAAGCUCCCGUGGCUACAUUGGCGCGUUAGUCGAUGAUUUGAAAGCACAUGGCUUAACCGAGCAUCCAGACCCGAUAUCCUCCCAGACGGCACUCGUCCUUGACCAACAGUUGGAGGACUUGUUUGUCCCGUACUUUGUGGGUUCUUCCUACAUAGAACGGGAGAAGAAGAUCCUUGAGGAAUUAUACACUUCUCUGCUGUUCAAGUUCACCACCUACCACGCUCGUAGGAAAAAGGCAGCCACGACUUUCAUGGCAUCACUGUCUAAGUCGGGAAGCGAGGUACUCUCAUCUGCGCGGGACGCUUAUAUCAGCCGACUCGAAUCUUCCGAAUACUCUCCCACCCAAAGAACAAUGCUCCUCCAGGUUGCUGGGCUAAAUGAGUCUAGCGACCUGACAAAGCCAUCGGAUAUAAAACUCACCGAAGAGGAUGGUUUACCUAGCGUGGCUUACGCUAAGCGAAUGCUCAAAUGGCUUGCUGAGGGGGUUGGUAGGGGCUUAGAAUUGAGCGUGAGCAGUGAAACACCGAAAGACAUGCUCGCGCUGCUGAGUCUGCUCCUGUCCAUGAUGGGGGAGGGCUACAUUGAAGUCUGCCUCGAUGCCGCUCUGGAUAUAGCGACCUCGCAGGAGUCAGGGAAGGCGGAGCCGGACUUUGCAUACCUGCCUGCGGUCCGAAGCGCUAUUAGCAUUGCCAAUCUCAUGGUCAUGUGCAUCAACACUCUCCUAAUUCCUCUAGCGACUGCUAGUAUCACCAUUCGCCGAGAGAUGGAGAAGAAGACCAACCUGGCAACAUCGCGGAUUGAAGAUAAAAUUAAUACCAUUGAACAGAAGAUCAUUGAUGCAACACUAACCUGGGCCACCAAGUUGUUGUCAGGUCAAAGAAAAAAUGAUUUCCGCCUGAAGGAGGGCGAUGAUGCGGCUUGGUUAGAAAAAUUACAAACACCGACGUGUGCUUCGCUGUGUACAUUUUUAGGCCGCGUUCAUAACACUGCGGUUACGGCCUUGCCAUCCAGUGGCUCAAACCUGAAACAGCUGCUUACCGAGAUUGCUUUGGGAACGCGCGGUCUUCUCCUUGAACACUUCAAGCGGUUUGCCGUCAACGGACCGGGUGGUCUGAUGGUAACUAAAGACAUGACUCAGUAUACAGAUCUCCUCAAGUCGUGGGACAUUGAUGAGCAAAUCAAGGGUCCUAGUGGCGUAUUGGAUGUUUUGCUGGAGGUUGGCAGUCUUUUCGUUAUCGGCUCUGAAGCAUUGCGUGAAAGAGUCCGAGGUGGUGGUGCUGGCACUGCAAGCGGGAAAGCUGGCAGCAAUGCUGGGACUAACAAUGGACGCGGUCCUAGGCAGACCGAGGCUGGACUCAGUGCACAAGAGGUCCGAGCCUAUGUUUCACGAAGGGAAGAUUCCCACACAGCGGAGAUGCAAAAUGUCCUAAAUACUCUGUGAUUGUUUGGAGGAAGGAUCUAUUCUUUGGCCCCUAUACUGUUAGGUACUAGGAAAGAUUUUAC